UGUCACCUUCACAUGGAAUCCAAUUCCCAUCAUCUACUGCAUUUUCUUGUCAUUUCAGAAAAAUUGAGUACAGAAAAUGGCAUUCUUCAUGUUAAGUCACUUUGAAAAUGCACACACGCUUACGUUGUUACUUGAGCUUGUCAUGUAAGACUAUGAGCAAUAUGGGUUCGAAUGAUGAUAAGUUGGCUGGUAAAGGAAAGGCCGUAGCUAAAGAUGAAGAUGAUGGCAUUGUUUAUGUCAAAUUUUCAAUCAAAGGCUUGGAUGGAAGAGAGUUGUUUUUCAAAGUGAACCAAGAUAAGUUUUUGGUAAGAGCAUUUAGAAAAUACUGUGAAGAGAUGGAGUUGGAAUAUCAUACCAUGCACUUCAUGCUUGAUGAUGGUCAGAGGAUUAGAGGGGAACGUCAAACACCAAAAAUGUUGAAUAUUGAAAAUGGUGCGGAGAUUGUUGCUGCAAAACUUCAAACAGGAGGUGGGAGUUCAACUCUGUAAACUAAUUGCAAUUAUUAAAUGGUUUGUAUGGAGUUAUUAUUAUUAUUAUUAUUGACAAAUAUUAAUAACUAGAAUAUCACCUGAGCAGUUUUAUUUUAACUUUUAAGACAGAUUGAUGAUAUAUAUCUAUUGUUUUCAGUCAUUAUAUAUUAUUUAAAAAGUAAAUUAGCAAUAAAUAAUAUUAUUUGAUUAAAUGAA